CUCCUCCUCCUCCUCCUCUGUGACUGCAGCCUCAGUGUUUGUGUUUCAUCAUCAUGGCGUCUCUCAGCCUCCUGCUGCUCAGUGCUGCUCUGAUCCACAACUCCCAGGUGGACUUUUGAGAUAUCUCAGUUCAGCCUCUGCAAAUGUUGGGCCAUCAUCAGCCUCUACCUGCUGACCGUGAUGGGGGGCGUGGCCUGGAUCUAUCAGUGGGCGGAGUCAAACGUCAGCGCAGGGACCUCCGUAAUCUGCUGCCCUAUGAUGAUCAGAGAGGAGGCGGAGCCAGUGACCUGUACUACCAAUCAGACAACUGGAGGGGGCGGGGCUUAGAUCAUGCUCUGCAGCGAUUGGUGGAAAAAGAUCAGCGGAGGGAACAGGAGGAGGAACAGCGAGCAGCCUACCUGGCCGCUCUGCUCCGCCUCCUGAGCGAAGCACAGAACGCAGGAUUGGUGGGUCCAGGCGACGUGGAGGUGGUGGAGGUGGAGGAGGACGAGGAGGACGAUGAGGGGCCUGAACCUCCAGACUACGAUGAGACGGGGCGGGGGCUGAGCAUGGGGAGGCCCCCGGCGCUGUGGUGGGGUCUGAUGGAGCCUCAGCUGGCUCAGGCUCUGCUGGACAGGAUGGAGCCCCGGCUGGUCCAGAAGCUGCUGGACAGAGCGAGACAGGAGAAACUCCAGCAUGACGGACGAGUGCUGAGCAGAGAGCAGGACACGCUCAGAAGCUUCUCUUUGUGGAUCAUAAAAAGGCACCUGGUUGCUAGGAUACUGUCCAGCAUCGGCCCUAACGACGCCCCCCUGGUCUCCAGUGGCAGGAUGAGACGGGACCUGUCAGCAGGUGAACCUGUUAGCUCCGCCCACAGGAGAACCCGUCGUUCCCUUGAUGACGUGCCCCUUCCAUCACCUAGCAACGACCCCCCCCUCCUCAGGGUGAAGAGGCUGGAGGACGACGAGGAUGAGCAGAAGCUCCGCCUCCACGCCGCAGGGCUGCAGAGGAUGAAACGCAUCGACACCAUGGCAACCGCUGAUGAACUGAAUCAUGGGAGUCGUAGGCGCCGGAGGAGAGCUGCCCUGAACUACGACCCCCAGCAGCUGAUGGAUCAGAUCGUUCAGUACCUGAGGGAGUAGAAAUAUCGUUUGUUUUUGCUGCUGUUGUGAAAAUGUACCUGAUCAGAGGAGGAAGCUGUCAGAAUUCCCGAUUAUUGUGUUGCUUUGUGGAAAAUCUUUAAUCAAACAUCACCGAGCCUCUAAACCAAAACCCCUCUGACAUCACAGUCUGCAGCUCUCUGAUUGGCUGCUUACCUGAAGCAGUGCGCUACGACCAUCUUCAGGUUGAGUCCAGCUUCCCUCCACCAGAAAAAAUAGACACAUGAUGGACAGUAACCGUAGCAACAGCUCAUCAGCUCUGUGAUUGAUCAGUUCUCAUUGUGUUCAUAUACUCCAGCUUGUUGUCAUGGUGAUGCUUCGUCUAUGUGUGCUGAAACUCAAAAAUAAAGUCAGUAAAGUGA